UCAUAAAAUCGAUGUGAUGCUAUACAUGCUAGGGUCAGAUAAACCGGUUCCCUAAAUCGGCAGUUAACUCGCUAAAUCUAAUAAGUCAUCAUCGUCAUGAAUCAAACGAAAUGUCUAUAAUGUAAAUAAUAUGAGUCAGUUGUCACAUCACAGGGAACUGCUUGCUGAUAAAACUGCAUUUUAUUUCAGAAAUCAUAGUUUUGAUUUUGUAAAUAACUCUCAUGGCAACGCACGAUUCGUUGGAAAGUGCCCACUCUGUUCACUCCUGUUUCCCGAAAACACAGGUCAGUCACAGAAUUCAGUCGGUAGCAGAAUCGCCAUAAUUUCCAGAUUUGUUCUUGGACCUGCUUUUUGUGAUAUGUCCAGCGAGUCCACACCUCCUGGUUUCCCCCCACUAACACCGUCUCAAAUCAUGGGACCCCCUGGUUUUGCUUGCGACCCAGAGCGAUUCAUGAUGGUUGGAUCAGUUGGUGGAGCAAUGAUUGGAUUUUUCUCUGGGUAUUUCGACCCCAAUCGGAUGCCAAUUCCGCACAGCCCUUUGCCAUCCUCGGCCCCCCAAAAGGCUCACAUCUUCUCUCGGGUCAUGAUUCAAAGCUCGGCCCUUGGUUGGCGAGUUUUCAAGCGGAUGUUUGUCGGGUCAAUUCUCUACCCGGUUGUCGUGUGCCAGCUGCAAGGGAAACGAAAAACUGCCACAGUGCUGCAGUGUGGUGUUGCUGGGUCAGUGUGUGGAGCAAUUUUUGGGCUGAGAGCUGGACCGAUUGGAAUGGUGAAUGGUUCGGUGACAUUCUUCGUCAUGGCAACACUCGUCGAAGGGUAUCGGCAAUUCCGCGGAAUAUAGUUCAAAACCUGAAAUACUUAUGUACCUGAAUUUACCUCACGAUUCUCAAUUUAUUGUGUUCAUUCAUCAAAAUUACAUGUGAUAAUUUGUAUACCUGAAUAAUAUGUCGCUGCAUGAAAAUCUAUGUCAAUGCGUAAUAUACUUUAAUGUAUUUUAAAUGUAAAUGGAAUAAAUAAAGUUUAU